GCCCCAGACAAAAAAAUUUAGGUUCUCAAACCAACCACCGACCGAUGGCACUAAGGGCGGGUCUAUUAACGACGCUAGAGCCCUCCUCUCCCCUCUUCGCCUUCAGCUCUUCGCUCCCCAAAACCCCUCAUCGCCUCCUCCUCUUCCCUCGUCGUCCUCCUGCUCCCCGUCGCCUCUUCUUCCCUCGUAGUCGUCCUCCUCCUCGUCGCUUCUUCUCUCCUCUUAUCUCCUACAAUCUCCAUCGAUCUCCUGUGGCUUCCAUGGCCUCCACCGCCUCCUACGAGAAGGAGCUCGCCGCCGCCAAGAAGGCCGCCUCUCUCGCCGCUCGCCUCUGCCAGACAGUACAAAAGGCACUUGUGCAAUCAGAUGUCCAAUCAAAAUCUGAUAAGAGUCCUGUUACUGUAGCAGAUUAUGGUUCACAAGCACUAGUCAGCCUUGUUUUGAAGACAGAACUUCCCUCUGAAUCCUUUUCUUUAGUGGCUGAGGAGGAUUCAAGCGAUCUUCGUAAGGAUGGUGCUCAAGACACACUAAGACGCAUUACUGAGCUUGUUAACAGCACUCUCUCUAUUGAUGGUACAUAUAAUAUUACUUUAUCUGAGGAAGAUGUGCUUGUUGCCAUUGAUAGUGGCAAAUCUGAAGGAGGCCGUAAUGGCCGACAUUGGGUUUUAGACCCUAUAGAUGGCACUAAAGGGUUCCUAAGAGGAGAUCAGUAUGCAAUUGCUCUGGCACUGCUUGAUGAAGGAAGAGUAGUGUUGGGUGUCUUGGCAUGUCCAAAUCUUCCUCUAACUUCAAUUGCGAUUCCAGAUGAACACUCUUCGCACAAGCAAGUUGGUUGUCUUUUCUCUGCUAAAAUUGGCGAUGGAGCUUUCAUGCAGUCACUUAAUGGCUCUUCAUCAGCAAAGAUACAUGUGAGUGCCAUUGAAAAUUCAAAGGAUGCAUCAUUCUUUGAGUCAUUUGAAGCAGCACAUUCCAUGCAUGAUUUAUCUAGUGUAAUAGCAGAGAAACUUGGCGUCCAAGCACCACCAGUUAGAAUUGAUAGCCAAGCGAAAUAUGGUGCUCUAGCCCGAGGAGAUGGUGCCAUAUAUUUACGUUUCCCACAUAAAGGCUACCGUGAGAAGAUAUGGGACCAUGCAGCUGGUUAUAUUGUCGUCACAGAAGCUGGUGGUGUCGCGACUGAUGCAGCAGGAAAUAAUUUGGAUUUUUCCAAGGGGAGGUACCUUGAUCUCGAUACAGGCAUCAUUGUCACAAAUAAGAAGCUAAUGCCAGCACUGCUGAAAGCAGUACAAGAUGCUGUGAAAGAGAAAUCUCAAUCUGCUUCCCUGUUGUAGGCAAUAUAUGUAGUUUCAGCUAACUAACUGUUAUCUGUUAGUUCGUGCCUCUGAUUGCUGUCUAAAAUUUGGAUUGGAUUCUUUUGUCAGACAUGGUAUGGCGAUCAGUUACGCUGAUUUCCCUGGUACUGACAAUAAUUUCAUUUCGACAGAAGUUGAACUGGUCUGUUCUUUGCUUGUGACUUGAGAGAUAAAAAACUGUUCUUAGAUGUAUUUUCUACUUUCAGAAUGCAAACCAUUGCUACCCCUAA